AUGGAUCCAUUUUUAGAGUUCAGAGUAGGCAAUAUCUCAUUAAAUGAAUUUUAUAGAAGAACUAUUCAAAGCGAAUUUGAGAGGAUCCUUGAAGAUCCCCUAUCAAAUAUGAAAAACUACAGAUUUAGUAAACAAUCAAACUAUAGUACAAAAGAAAAAACACCGUUAAGUAUAGGUGUUAACUGUCUUGAUAUUGAUGAUACUGGUCAAGUGUUAUUAGGAGGUGGAGAUGAUGGGUCACUUUCCAUUUGGGGUUUAGAUGAAUCAUUGCACCGCAAUGAUGAAGGUGAACAGGAAUUGAUCAAUAAAAGGCUAAACUAUAUCAAGCGACAGCCUCACCAAUCAGAUGAUGAGCCUGCUCAAAUAAUGGGUUAUAAAAAUAAAAGAACACGAAUAAACGACAACAACACUAUGAGACUGGUGCACAGUUUUCAAACACAGAGAAACAAAUAUCGAAUGUAUAGACAGUCUAGUGCUGCAGUUCCAGUUCAAAGAUCACACAUAUCAAAUAAAACGGAUUCUCCUAUCGGGUUUAGUGAGACACUAUCUGAAACAGAUUCAGAAGCUUCCAUAUCUCACCAUAAAUAUGGUAUAACAACUUUGAAGUGGUAUAAGGCUGAUAAUGGGAUGUUUUUUACUGGCUCAAAUGAUAAAACUGUAAAAAUAUGGGACACAAACAGGUUUGAAGCGGUUCAAGAUAUAAACCUGGGGUAUAAAAUAAAUCAAAUUGAUAAUAACGUUGUCGACGACAGUUCUUUGCUUGUAGUGGCAAGUGAAGACUACUAUCCAAGAUUAAUUGACCUGAGAACCAUGAAUUCAGGGGUAACUGCGCUUGGAAUGGGAAAUCAAACACGAAUGCAAUCAGAAAUUUUAUGCUGCAAAUUUAACCCCGUCAGGGAACAGAUUAUUGCUUGUGGUGACAUGGAGGGUGGGGUAAAAUUAUGGGAUCUAAGAAUGAGGAACAGACUGUAUUCAGAAUUGAAAAGAAAUAAAAAUAGGUUCAAGACUAUAAAUAACGAUGAUAAUGACGAUCAAAGCGAUGUCUAUUUCAGCUCUAACCAAUCAAAAGCCCAUCUGAGAUGUUGCAGUGACAUUGUUUGGAAUAGUGAGGGUUCAGAGCUAUGUUCAGUCGGCAUGGAUGGAAAACUGAAUGUUUGGAGGCCAUUUACGGAAAUUCUGCAACCAGAAGGUCUAGCUAGUUAUUCCCAGUUGGGAACACAAGACCUGAGCCGUAUCAAAUACAAAAAAAGAGUAUCUCGAAGGUUGCUUUGGUUUGACAAGUUUUUACUGUGUAUUACUGACAAUGGUGAAGUAGAAAUAUACAAUACGGAGGAAAAAAAACUUUGGAACAAGCUCGAAUACCCAAUGGUUAAUCAGGUAAAAAAAAAUCAGGCUUCGCAUUGUCAGUUUAGUUCCAUGAUUGUGCAAACAAAUAUAAUGAAUUCAGUUGGCCUCAAAUUGUUCUUUGGAACUAACAACAACACCGUUAGCGACGGCGGAUCCAUCUUUGAAUGUUCAUAA